AUGGGGGCAUCCAAUGAAAGAUCUGGAUCAUGUCUUGUGUGUCGAAAGCGUAAAGUGAAGUGCGAUAGAGCAAAACCUGUAUGUCAAACUUGCGUGAGGCACAACUCGGUAACUGAAUGUCGCUAUGAUGUGAAAAAGAGCAUAAAGUUUCUCCACAUGUUCCAUCCCGACUCUGGAACUCUUUCAAAGGGGAAGCGAAGGUUAUCGAAGACGAAUCAUGAUGAAAAAUGUGUUCAAAUGAGCUCUAAAAUUCCUUUCGUCGAGGGAUUGUCCCAAUCAAAUCGGGUCCCAGAAGCAUCCAUGAGCAGUCUUCGAGGUGCGACUUUAGAUCCAUUUGGCGAAAUGAGUUUUCACGAGGACUACGAGGCAAUCGAAAUUAAGGCCAGUAGACUGACUUACGCGGGUCCCUUGCAUUAUGCUGCCGUUAGUAGGCGGGAUCCUUUUCUUAAUGUGAUAUUUGCAGAGAUUCGUAGGGAGAUGAAUCACUUGCGUGAAAAAGCUUUGAAAGCGAAUAAAAAUAAGGGGAAGAAAUACCCUCUUCCCUUCUACACACAGGAUGAAAUAGCAAAUCACCUUUUGGUAAGCGGGCGGCACUCGCCAGGACCCAUUCCCAAGGAUAACGGAGCUCCUGUGGCAUCACUUCUCAAUCGAGCUCGGGCAAAAGAUAGGCUUAAUCGUAGUAAAGAACUCAACACAGGCGCCAACACGCUGGAAGAAGAUUCACGGACGGAUGACAAAUUUAAAAAGAAGCUUUUGGAAAACGAAGGCAUGGACGAAACAUUAGCAUGCGAUAGUGAAAAUUUAGAGCGGAACCCACUGUCAGUAGUAAAUUUAUUAAACGAGGACAACACGAAUCGGCCUUCAUUGGGGAGUGCCGAGAGGGGAGAUAAAGAUAAAAGCACUGAGAUUGAGAUAUGGAGAAAAUUGCAGGUAUUGCUAGCUAAACUUCAAGAGCGGACUUCGAAAGGGGAUAAUCACAUCGUUUCAGAAGAUAAAAAUGCUCAACGUUUUCAUGCAACUAAGGGUUAUAUGAUGCCAGCUCCUGAGUUCACAACAUUUUCUAAAAUCAAAGGGCUACUUCCGUCAUCAAGGCUGAUAUGGAAGCAUCUAGAUAACUAUUUCAAAUCCCCAUUGCAUGCUCUGUAUCCUAUACUGACAGAAGACUGGUUUUGUGAUGAUAUCUCUGACGUCAUUGGUAAGCGCAGCGAUUCAGAUUUGCCACCUGUCGUAACAAUCACCAGCAGACUUGACUUUUCCAAGCUCGGCACGCUGCUGCUGCUGCUUCGAUUUUCGUAUUUGAUGUAUUCUGAAAAGUGUGAGUCAAGACAAAGUGAUGAAGAAAAAGCACUAAGUUCGCACCCAAUUGGUGCGGAGUUUGCCGACACUGCGUAUAUGUGUCUGAACCUAUUCAAACUUCAAAGAAAAGCUCUGUUAGCAGUAUUGCACUGUGCCUUAUUAUUACAUUUAUAUCGCCGCUUCGCUCCAGAAGAGGGUGACAUCGUUGAUGGUGGAGACAUCGAACCAUUUUCGAGCCUCAUUUGCGGCAUGGCUACCUCAAUUGGUCUCAAUACAGAAAUAGACUUCACGCAACUUCCCUACUCUGGCAUGUAUCUGCAAGCAUGGCGAAAAUGCUGGUACACCAUUUAUUUUAUGGAUCUUCACGGAUGUAUGAAUAGUGGUAAUUCACUUAAAAUUAACGAGCAUAGCUUCAACACCAAGCUCCCCAGAAUGGAAUUGGACGGAGGUGGUAGCCUGCCAAAGUACGUUAAAAACGCCGCGGUCGAAGCCGCCUCUGUCGAGUGCUUAGCAAAAAACUUCGAACUAUCACACGCAUGUAGAAGACUCCUGGAUGUUGUGAUGAAUAGGCAGACACGAACGCGAUGCUCAACAGUUCAAUACUUAUGUGAUGAACUUGAAUCUUCCUUGGCAUUGAGCAAUGGGUCUGGGCUGCGGGCGGUAGUGAAUAAGCCUUGUUCGAGUCUAUAUGAAUCUGCUCUGAAAUGCAAUGCUUUCAAAAAUUUUAUUGAUACGACAACACUGUUAUCUAUGGUAACUUUCCACAUGUUUCUUCACAUUGAUAAGUGCAUUGCAGAUAAUAACAAGCUACUAAACAACACUGUUCUCCAGGAUUAUUUAGGGAAGCUUUUGAUGUAUUACGUGGAGGUCGAGCCUAUCUUGAUUCUUAUACUUGCGGAUGAUGAAGCUGGGAAUGAGCCCGAUGUUUUUGAUGUCACCUUCGGCCGUGGAUCCAAACUGCUAAUCAUGCAAUGUUGUGGGAGCUUCAUUGUUCACUUCGCCAUAAUUCUCCAAUGUUUUGUGACGAGGUUGAAGCACUUGAAGUUAAAUUAUAAAGACGACUUGUUUGUGGGGACCACUGCGCAACUACAUUCGGUUGAAGAAAGAAAAGGUAUCAUUGAUGAUUUGAUUGAACUGUGUUUUAAUAAGCUCUCUCUCAUCAAUAGUAUCACCAAGCUGUUGAGCCGAACUCACUUUUACGCCUGGCGAAUGUCCAAGAGCUACUCUCACGUCUACCAUCUUUUAGAAGAAAAGAGCAUCUUACUACAGCGCCCAUAUGAUAAUGGCGGUUGUCAGGCGGGACGAGAAGCAGCGACCGCAACAUUGCGCAAGCGCAGUCCAUUUGGUUUAUCUUCUGACAAAGUUCCCACAGUUAAUAACCUCGCUUCUUUCAAAACUUCCGACUUUCAACAAUUAUUAUCAAUUUUAUCGUCCACAGACUGGGAAAUAUUUUCAUCGUUUUUGGGCACUAGGGGCCUUUAUUCGAAGGAUUUACUAUUGAAUGGAGUUCAGCGUUCCAUCAAAACUCAAGCUCAUGAAAACAAUAGACAACAUUUUGGAGAAUCUGUUGGUGUAAAUCAGGCUGAAAGAACAAGGUCGUCGACUUUGAGCUCAAAGCCCGUAUCAUCAGAGAGCGUUAGCAAAGUGGAAGCGUCACUUUCGACUGGAGGGUUGAAUGAGCAGGCCCCAGAUGAUACUGAGAAUUAUGUGGCCUUGGAUGCAAUCGACACCUUUUGGUAUAGUGCCAUGCUACGAAAUGCCAAUAUCAGUACGGACCUAUCAUACCCAAAGGAUGGUUUCCACAGUCAUGCUUUAAAUGACGCUUUGCCGGACCACUCACACUCAGAGAGACUCCACGAGAAUGCGAGCCAAAGAGAAACAAAGUCUUCCACCAAAGGACUUGACGAACUUUCAAGUGAUCAAACACUUCUUCAGGAACGUGUUUUACAGCAAUUGCGACAACUCACAAGUGAAGAAAUAUAUCAAACCUCCAAAGUCAGCUCUCAUGUUCCUUCGGCCCAUGAGGGCUAUGAAAAAUGCGAAGCUCAUGACACAAAGCAAAAGCCGGAUCGGUCAGCAGUAACAACAGAUGUGGAUAUGUUCUUCCCACCCUUCAGCGCUUUUAUAGACGAUAUGAAUUUUAACUAA